AUCGUCCCGUGGUUGGUUGUUCUACGUCACCACCUCAGCUUAUGUCUUAGCUCUCCUCACUUCAGCAUUCAAAAUGUCUUAUCUCCUCGGAGUCGUUCGGACUCAAUCUCUUCCACGAUGAAUCUGUGGCAUUCACUCUGAAAGACCAUGGCUCUUCCUCCAGGGGCACCGGAGGUCGGACCAGAUGGCUUUUUCGUUCUUUCAUCAAACAUGUCCGGUGAGAAUCAUCUUCGAAACCCAGUAUGUGUCGACACGAGCCUGUGCCGACUAUGCCGCUUCCCUAUAAAUAGGGAGAAAGACAAGAUUGUUACCUUGACUCCAGAUGACCAAGUAUCAUCCCCGUUCAUUGUCUACUACGAGAAAUGCUACGCGCUUCUCUAUUUCGACAAGUCUCUAAACAUUUCCUUCCGGCAUUGCGACUAUCCAUAUUGCACCCAUAACAGGGGACUCGCCAUCGCUUUCCAUGCCGAGUGCGUUUAUAUGGCUGCUCCUUUCGGAACUCCUCUCCACGAGUACCGCCUGAUCACCGAGCACUCUUAUCGGCAUGUCGCGUUAAACCAUGAAAGACGGAGAAGCCGUGUUCGGGAAUUGAUAGAGGAUGCCCUGCGCAAAGCAUAUGGCAAACUGUCGCCAGAACUUUGGCAUAUCGUGUCCGAUGAUGACAAGUUGAUCAGGCUCUAUACCAUAGCGGAGAUUUCUCUGCAUCAUCGCCAGACUGAGUGGUUCGUUAAUCCAUCGCUCGCAAUGCUGAGCACAACCGUCAGCAUGGAUGGUGUGCAGUAUGUCGGUUCACUCACAAACUCUUCCGGUAUUGUGAGCCGUCAGGCUACGACAUUGAUACCUUCAUCAGAGUUUAAGAACUUAUAUGUUGAAAAUGACCACAUGGGCAUCAGGCUAAUCACUUCAGAACCGAACGAAGUCAGCUUAGAUACAAUAUAUCCGGCCUAUUGGCAAACAGUAUCAACGGACAAACAAACGCUUACUUUCCGUGGUGAUGGCCUCAAGCUCCGAGAACUAUUGACUCCUUCUGUUUACCCUCGAGUUUUUUGGCCUCAUCCAGUAACACCGUCUGAACUCGAUUCAAUGACAUUCUACUAUGCUGGUUGGGGCGAAGGAGAUCUUGAGGCCAGGUUAAGAACACUGACUUUCAAUGAACCUGGUACAAUUGGAUAUUCCGUCUGUUGGGCCAAUGAUGAGAUGGUUUCGGUUCAUGUUCAUCGUAACGUGGAACAGGCCGACGCCGACGGUUCACUAUUGGAUGAGCACUCUGAGUAUGAAGACCGAAGCCACCUCAAGUGGACCUACUAUCCCAUUCAAGAAGAUGAGUCCAUCCAGGAAGUUUGGCUACGAGGGUCCGAGAAAUAUGAUACGACCAGACCCCUCCCAUCUCAAGGUGAAGGCGGUCUGCGAUACCAUUUGUCGACACCAUGGGGAUUGCAGAAAUACAAGAGACUCAGUGACAUAGCGUUUGGGCUUGUUACGAAUAAAGGUCGAACACUUGUUGCAGGGGGUUUCCCAGGUCAUCAUGGACAAUACACGCCGUAUUCGAAUCAUCGUCACUGGAAUCUGAUAGCGACUACCUCCGUGAAUGCACCGCUUCGAAUUUUCUUUUCUCCUUCAGACCAUGGAAUACCUUUGAUAGCUGCGCCAAGAUUACUCGAUAACCACCUCGAGGUUCCCUCGCCGAUACAAACACCACUUGCUGCCAUGCCACGUUUCAACCCGCUUCAUACUUUACACUGCUCUUCUGCAUCCCUGGAAAGUGUCACAAAAGUAAUUGUUUGUAAGAGCAAGAAUGAGAAGGACAUGGGCGUGAUUCGACACUUUGACUUGGAAAACAGCCGUAUGGUUGAAGCCCCGUACAAGAAGGUCACGGGUUUACUCUUUCGACAUGCAGAUGGGAGUGAGGCGAGUGUUGGGUGCUUUCGGUUUGACUGGGCUGAUCCGCCGCUUACAGGAGGCGAUUCAAGAGGACUAUUUAUUGGGACAAGGCCGGGGAAGAUUAUACAGAUACCUCCACAUGUAGCCGCCGUGAGUGUGACGCCUCCAGAGGCUGAAGGAGAAUGGACGUGGAUGGAGUUGCCUUGGGCUGGAACACUUGAGUGGUGGUUUAACCCUGAUAGUUUGGAUACUAGCAUCACGCAUGUCUUAUGAAUAGGUGGAAUUCAUGGUAUAGAAAGAAAUUUGAACAACAGAAAAGACGCUUCUAAAUCAUUAUUACCUCUCAAGUAAGGAUGUCAAAUAAUUAAACGG